AGGGCUGCGUGGGCUCAAGAUCGGAGACCGAGCUUCGAGUGCGGCGGGGGUGGCAAAUGGAGCCUCGAGACAGGAGGCUGACGCGCAUCGGCCUCACAGGAGUGCUGGCGCUGGCGCUGGGGGGAUUUCUGAGCCUGGCCUUCGCAGGAGGCAGUCAACAUGGCUUGAAGCCUCUGGAGGAGACUCUCUGGUGACGAGGCAAGCGCGAGGGCCGAAAGUGGUGACUCGGAGGGGGCCGAGCCCGUACUACAGCAACGAGGACCGCGAGCGCCUGGCGCGGGACAGGAAGGAGAAGCGGGACUUCGCGCGGGGCCACACCAAGGUGGACCAGAGCCACGUGCCCUCCGCGGACCUCGAGAAGCUGCCGCCCCUGGAGGAGAUCUACAGCAGGGAAUACUCCGGGGACGCUGAUGCGGAUCCGAUUGGCGGUCGCAAAAGGUACCUCUACCUGGUCAUGUUCAAGCAGCCCGCGAUGACGACCGCAGUGGCCAUGAAGCAAGUCAUCGCGGGGUACUGGUACUUUCUGUCGAAGCAGAUGUCCUGCAAGGACAUCCAGAUCAGGCCCAGGAAGGCCGAAAACGGGAAUACCGUCACAGAGCUGGAGUAUGAGAUGAAAGAGUACGGCGAGAUUCCGAGAGAGACGGGCAAGAAGGAGAAGUACGGCAAGGCCGUCAUGAUGGAGUUCAAGUUCAAGGCUCCCGUUUCAGCCACGCAGUACAUCCAGAAAAAGCUCUACAACGACAACAAUGUCCUGAGGUUCAUGGCCCUCUCGCUGACCCGAAGCUUCGCCCACGUCGGCGAGGACAACGAGCUGCUCCUCUGAGGCUGAGACGCGCGCCCAGGAACUUCUCACUUUUUUCGCGGCCGCGAGUUCGCUUCCGGUGGAGUUCUCUGCUGGCUUGGAGCCAACACAUGGGCUAUGCAAAGGCAAACAAAUGGAGUAC